AUGAAGAAUGGCGCAGAGCAUGUUCACACCUUCACAGCCCCUAUUUAUUAUUGCUCCGGUUUAUCUUCUCAAAAACCUACUACAACAACAACAAAAACAUUAAUUAAUAAUUUAAACUUGACCAACAUUAAUGAGGACGAUGAUUAUGAAAAUCGUGAAUUUGAUGGUGAAGAGGAUGAAAUGAAAAUUACUUUAGGGGAAAAUAGCUUAAAUGAGGGGAAAAUUAGAAGGAGAGAUUUUGUGGAGAGACAAGCGGCAACAGACCACGCGUCCCUCGGCUGGACUCAAUGGACAAAAUGUAGAGUUCCCAAUAAUCAAGGGAAUAUAGGGGUGCAGGCUAGGUGGCGGGUGUGUACUGGCAAUCGAGUUUGUGGAAGAGAACAACGCCAAUGUUUACUAUCAACUACCAAAAGAUUUAAACAAAAAGGAGAAACACAAACAAAAAUAAAAAGAAAAUUAAUAAACACAAAACAAACAUUAGCAACAAUAUUUCCCUUUAAUAAAUUUGGGAAAAACACAAAACAAACAAAAACACAGCAACAACAAAGAGGAGAGGGAAUAAUAGAAACAAAGAGGGAAACAAACAAAAUACAAAAACAACAAGAAAAAUAUAAAAAACAUCAACAAAAACAUCAAUAA